UUAAGUAUUGAUGCUUGCUUACAUCUGAGAGUAAUUUGCUUAUAAAGUAUCAACACCACUUUUGAAGUCAAUAGCAAGUUUUGUUUGUGAUUUAAGUUAAUAAAGAAUUUUGUUUGUUUUAAUUGUUUCAAAAUUAAAGAAUCAAUAUAAAGGUGCUAAUACUACAUGCUCUGAAUUAGAAACACUAUUUUUAACGUGUAGGCUUGAAAAUUGCACAAAUUGCUCGUUGUUUAACCGCUGUUAAAAGAAUAAAACUUGUUUUGAAGAUAUGUUACAAAAUGAAGUUGACCAUUUGAAGAAUCAAAUACAAGUGGCUCGUAAUGAAAUUAAUAAGCUUAGGCAGCAGGUACGAAGUUUACAGCACAAACAACGUAAAGAUGUUGAUGAAAUAGCAGAUCUAUUAAAAAACUACCGUUGUGAAGGUUGCCGUCAGCUGGACAGAAAUUGUGAUAACAAUGCGACUUUGCCCUUGAAAGUAAUAGCGAAAACAUACCCCACGGACGACAACAUUGAAGCAGGCCCAUUGCAACAACAACACCAGCCACCACUGACAACAAAGAUUUACUUCAAUUCAAUUGGGGUGAUACGCACUUGUUUUCCGGAAAAGCGCGCUGUGCCCCGUCAAUCAUCAGUGGGCGGUCAUUUUCGUGGUCAAAUUGAUUUGCGUGCAGAUCUCUUCACCAAUCCAGCGCAUGCUUUAGAAGGUUUAGAAGAAUAUUCUCACUUAUGGAUAAUAUAUCAUUUUCAUAAGAAUAUGGCUCAUCCCAAAGCAAAGGUGGCACCGCCCCGUUUAACAGGUGAACGUGUGGGUGUUUUCGCUACAAGAUCUCCUCAUCGGCCUUGCCCUAUAGGUUUAAGCUUAGUGGAAAUUGAUAAGAUUGAUGGUUCGUGCAUUAGCUUCUACGGCAUUGAUAUGAUCGAUGAAACCCCAGUAUUGGAUAUUAAACCAUACAUACCUUAUUAUGACGCUCCGAUAACUCAAGAAACUCAAGGUCGCGCUUCUUCUGGUUUAUGCGACAACGCUUCAGAUUUUUAUGACUCGCGGCAAGAUCCUGAUGGUGAAGAGUCCGAAAUGGAAUUAUUGGGUGCUACAGCUAUGGCUCAAACACCUGUGAACUUUUCCAACUAUGCUACACCACCACCUGUCAAGGUACCCGCUUGGGUUCAAGCCCCGACACGUCUGCACGUAGAAUUCAAUGAAAGAGCGGCUACUCAGCUAAAAACUAUCAACGUACAGCAACAGUGCAUUGUCGACGUGUUAGAAGCUGAUCCGCGUUCAGUCUACCUGCGAACUAAAUAUAAUUCCCAAAUAUUUACAUUUCAAUUAAGCGAAGUAACAGUUACUUGCAAAUUUGAUGAUAAGAAUAAUCUAGUUACAGUAUUACAAAUACGUCCCACAGAUCAUAUGAAAGUGGAAGAAGAAACUUCGCCAACAACAAAAUUAGUGGAAAAAUCAAACGCUUAAAACCGGGCAAUGUCUAAGGAAUUGGACAAUAAAAAUAUAUAUAAAAGUGAUUUAAAUGAGACAACGAGAGUUGACCUGUUCGGGGUAAUCGAAUGAU